AUGACCAAUUUCAACGCUCUCCUCCUCGCAACAAGCAGCGCCCGGCUUACAUCGCCUCCCGAUCCUCCUGCGCUCUCGCAGAAUUUUCAGCUCAUAGCGCACGUCACGUCUCCCAACGUUACCCAGUUCACGGCCGGCAUUGAAAACUGGGAGGUUGCCUCAUUGCCGGGCUUCGGCUGCGACGAGCCCCUCGCGCUCAAGAGACCGAGAGGAAGCCGCACCGCCAGCGGCACGACAUUUUGGUUCGACCCGGAAACAACGAGCGUCGCCUACGGCCAUGGCCAAGACGUAAAGCGCCUGUUCAUUCCCCAAGGAGGGCGCGGCGAACGAGCUCUAAGCAUGCACUGCGCAAAGGCAACACCAGGAGUUGAAGUCGUCCCGCGCCGAGAUGGGCCGCAGCUUGUUCACCGCGACAACGGGACGUUUUACGUGUGUCCAAGGAGGGUGCGUUCGCGGGCGUUGGCGCAGCUGCUGUACAGACAAGGCGACGAGUUGCUGCCGUACAUGUGUGCGGAUGUGGUCCUGUUCGCGAAGUGGGCAAAGGGCAGCAGCAUGAGGGAAGAGUCCAUGGUGGACUGCUGCACCGAUGUCCGCGACGGCGUGUGCAGGUUUCCCGUCCAGCACUUCUAG